GCCACAUCAUUUCUUCUUCGUCGUCGUUGUCGUCUUCUCAAAUUAGCUUCAUCUUCCUCCUCUGAUUUUAUUCUUUUCUUUUCUGGUUUCCAUGAUCCGAUCUUAGGUUUUCGCGUAUCGUUUUGUAUCAAAUCUUACUGUUCGGAGAAUCAUCUUUAUCUUUCUCCCCGCAUCGAAGUUUCUGAGUUUGUGGAAUCGAAAUUAGAGAAUUAGGGCUUUUUUCCGAUCGGGUCUAGGGUUUCGAAGAGCAUAAGAUAAUAAUGCCUUCGGUGCCCUCAAAGCUUCUCCUCCUUUUGAUUCCUUCGUUAACUUCUUAUUAUUCUGGUUUAUCUUCCCAUCGUUGGCGUGGUAAUCUUAGUUAACGUUUUCGAUCUGCUUUUACCUUUUCUUCUCUCGUUUUUACCUUCCACAAGAAAAAAGUUUCUCACUUUUUUGGCGUUGCUCGAUUUGCAAGUCACAAAAGUUAAUAUAUACAAUAGUUGGAUAUGAGCUCUGUUUGUUGUAAAGAUGCUGACUUUGAGAUCUCGGGUUCGAAUCUCACGCAAUGCGUUAAUGGCUGGCAUGCUGGAUCUGAUGGAUCUCAGGAGUCUGAUGGAGAUGAAACUGGUUAUAUAGCCCAAACUGGGGAUGAAGAAUAUGCUGAGAAGGGUUUUGGCAAAUCUGCUUUAGAAUCUUUACCUCUCAAGUCUUCAGAUGAUGAGAACCUUAUGACUACACCAGUUGUUCUCAUCCCUGCAAUAAAAGGGAGCCGGAAAAAGCAUGGCUUGUCACUGAGGAAGUCUAGUGUUUCAUGGGCGGAUGACGUGUAUGAUCCUCCUCCCUCCAUAGCCUCGCACACAAGACACAAGAAGCUGCAGCCGCAGAAAUCCAAGAGCAAAGACAGCCACAGGAAGACUGGAAAGAAGGGACAGAAGAACAAAGACAGCUCUUCCUCUCGUAGUGGCAAGGACAAGAAGCAAGUUUCUCGCAAACACAGUCGAGACAAGUUUGAUUGGGUAACUCAGAUGCCUAUAGUUGCAGCAUCUUCGUGAAUAGCAUCGCUUUCUAAAUAACCAAGCACAUUUUCAUCACAUCUGUGAACUUGGAUCCCUCUUUGUCUAAUAAACAAUCAAAUCAGUGUGUGUUUUCGGUUGUGUUUGAAAACAGCUUUUCUUAUGAGUAAUGGUUGAUCCUAAACACUAUGUGUAAAGCUUUUGUUUAAAUUUAUUGCAUGUGAGAAACCCAAUGUUACAUUGUUAUUUAACUGACGUGAUACUGUCUUUAU